CACAAAGGGUGGCUUUGAGGAGGAUAUAAAAGCUCAGAUCACCCUCAGCCGUGCAUCCACUGCUCUUGUUCCCAUCCCUACAGCGAAGAAGCCUCCCAGCACAGAAGAAUGUCCUGCUCCAGUGAGUCCUGUGGGGUGAGCUGCCCUCAGCCCAUCGCUGAGAGCGUCAACGAGCCCUGUGUGCAGCAGUGCCCCGACUCCAGAGCCCUGAUCCAGCCCCCGCCAGUGGUGGUGACCAUCCCGGGCCCCAUCCUCAGCUCCUGCCCUCAGGAGAGCGUUGUGGCAUCAUCAGGCCCAGCCUGGUUGGGACAUUCCUUCAGUUCCCGGAGCUCCCAGGGCUACGGGAGCUCCUUUGGGCUGGGAGGUUAUGGGGGUUACGGGGGCUAUUUGGGCUCCUCAGGCUAUGGGGGCUCCUUUGUCUCUGGAGGUUAUGGGGGCUCCCUGGGUAACUGGGGCUCCUUUGGGUGGGGACCUUAUGGAGAUUCCCAGGGUUAUGGGGGCUCCUUUGGGUUGGGGGGGUCCCGUGGUUAUAGAGGCUACUUUGGGUUAGGAGGUUAUGGGGGCAAUGGGGGUUAUGGAAGCUCCCUUGGAUAUGGGGGCUCCCGGGGCUAUGGGGGCUUCUCAGGCUACGGGGACUCCCAGGGCUAUGAGGGCUCCCAGGGCUAUGGGGGCUCCCUUGGAUAUGGGGGCUCCCGGGGCUAUGGGGGCUCCUUUGGCCUGGGAAGCUGUGGGGGCUAUGGGGGCUCCCAGGGCUAUGGGGACUCCCUUGGAUAUGGGGGCUCCCUUGGCUACGGCCGUUCCCUGGGUUAUGGAGGUGACAUUGGCUAUGGGGGCUCCCUCGGGGGCUAUGGGGGCUCCUUUGGCAAUGGCGGGAGGUCCUACAGCUCCGGCUUCUCCUCCCGGGGCCUGGGCUAUUCCCUGCCCGGCUUCCAGAGAUGGGGCAGGUCCCGCCGCGGGAGCUGUGGGGUUUUCUAAAGCGCCCCUGGCAGUGCCAGCCCCCAGGGGCAGUGGCAGCCCUGGAGCCCAGCCCGGGCCAUGGGGACACCGGGCAGGAGCUCCUGUGCCAGGUGUGCCCUGAGCCCUCCAUUCCCUCGGGAAUGCCCUGAGCUCCCCAUCCCCUCGGGAUACCCUGAGCCCCCUAUCCCCUCGGGAAUGCCCUGAGCUCCCCAUCCCCUCGGGAAUGCCCUGAGCCCUCCAUCCCCUCGGGAAUGCCCUGAGCUCCCCAUCCUCUCGGGAUACCCUGAGCCCCCUAUCCCCUCGGGAAUGCCCUGAGCCCCCUAUUCCCUCGGGAAUGCCCUGAGCUCCCCAUCCCCUCGGGAUACCUUGAGCCCUCCAUCCCCUUGCUGUAUCCUGGUCCUGAGCGAGGCCCUGCUCCCAGAGCACGAGUCCUGCAUCCCCUGCUGCCCCUGCGAUUGCCUGGAUUCCCUGUGCUCCACUGCUGCUCUUCUCUCUGACAAUAAACCCCUGUUUGUGUUGCA